CCACGGGCUUCCGUAGGAUUCCUUCACUGCCUGCCAGUGUGUUUGCGGUGACAGGACCAGCUUCGCCGCCCACCAAACUAUGGAAGAGAUUAACAACAUUGAAGUCGGUCCUUGCACAGAAUCCGACUACCUGAAGCCCUUCAGGGUCCACUACAACCAGAAUGGAACAAAAAAGUCUUGGGACUUCAUGCGAACCCAUGACAGUGUGUCUGUGCUGAUAUUCAACACCACCUCCCACUGUUUUGUUCUUGUCAAGCAGUUCCGUCCAGCUGUAUACAUGUGUGAGUUGGAAAGGACCAAGACGCAACCGUGUCAGGCCACUGAAAAAACAGAGGAGGGCACCGAAGCUGUCGCCUCAGUCCCCGAGAGUCAGGAGGGCCAGGCGGACACAGAGGGGGGUAGCUCUUCUGCCUGGCCACCGGUUAUCACAGGCAUCACAUAUGAGCUAUGUGCUGGACUAGUGGACAAACCCAACCUCUCCUUGGAAGAGAUCGCCAGACAGGAAGUGCUGGAGGAGUGUGGCUAUGAUGUGCCAGCUUCGAAACUCAAACGGAUUACUUCUUACAGGUCCGGUGUGGGAGUCACAGGUUCCAAACAGACCAUGUUUUAUGCAGAAGUAUCUGACGACAAUUGCGUGAGUGCAGGUGGAGGUGAGCCGCGGGAGGGAGAGCUCAUUGAGGUGGUCAAAAUCCCGUUGCACGAAGCCAUGACCUUUGCCUACAAUGAGCGUAUACCCAAAACCAUGGGCGUCAUAUUUAGCUUCAUUUGGUUCCAUAACAACAUGUCCCCUAAGUACAAGAUCUCCACCAAUGUGUAACCACGAUAAACUUUUUCUGUACAACACUGGCCCAGCACACCUACGUGUGUCCUCAUGCCUCCAACUUUUUUUUAUUUAUUUAUUUUUAAACCUGACGUGUGGAUGUCUGCCGUGGUGUAUUUUUUUUUUUUUUUUGCCCUCUUAUACUUUUACGUUAGGUCCUUACAUACCAUGUACAUAAAAAUUGCCUUUAGCAGGCCGUCUCUUGCACUUUUCUCGCGUUAUCAACCAGUUUUAUUUGUUUGUAUGGCACCAUUCAUCAAAAAUGGCUGCAUAUCAUCGAUUUUAUAUGCCUGCCCUAGAGUCAAUGUAUGCUCUGCUGCUUCCAUAAGGAAUCUUUGCAUUUACAGAGCCAGUCAUUUUGUGAUCUUCUUUUUAUGCUAUUGUCAAGUCAUCUGUUCAAUAGAGAAAGUUCCUGCUAAGCAACCUUGUGAACCUGGUUGGUUUCAAUCUGUAUUGGAAAGCAAAAUGUGCCCUUGAAAAACUAUUAUUAGUGAAGAUGCAAAAGAGAGGCACUUUCUUUCAUGCUGUGAUCCAGUAAUGCAAAAACUAUGCUCGUUAUGGUAAUUGUUGUACCACAUUGUUAGCAAAGCCUCAAAUAAUUUCUGAGUUCUUAACAAUUAACAAGGCAUGCCAGACCCAAAAUAUUUGCUGACAUACUGGCUUCCAUAACCAAUUUUUGCGUUAAGCAUAUUGUUGCUAAGUACAAUUCGCUUCAAGGAGGAGGUUUGUGGUUAUUAUGGAAAAAUGACUUGCUUUGCUGACCUUUGUCAGCCCCCUAUGGUAAAAAAUAGGGCUAAAAAAAGCUCUAUGUCUACUUGUCAUGGUAACUCAAAUCUGUACUCUUGUUUCAUAUCCUGCAGUAACAUAGGGGGCUUUGUUAUAUGCAUUAGACAGGGCCUCAGAAGGGCUGAUUGAACGUAUGCUGUUAUUUUUCAUUCUUGGAGUACUAAGACAUGGCUGUGUCACGGGCAUAGCAUUGAGAUACUUGUGAACCGUUUUAAAUUGUGGGAAAAAUGCAUAAUAUCUCUCUUUUCAGCACCGUUGUAUAAUUGUGUGAGUACCGCAAACCAUGGUGUUUUAAAUGGCAACUUUUAAAAAAUGAUGAUGUUGACCUCUCAUACAUUAUAAGCCAGAAAAUUGUCUUUUUACACAGAGGCUAGUUUUUGUUAAAAUUCUAUUUAAAUACACAAAACAUUGUUGAAUGGUCAAAUUUCAUCUUUCGCUUAUGUUGUAAUAUAUUCGUUGAUUUUACAGAUACAAUAGAAGCCACCUGUCAAACUAUUUUGCAUUGUAGAAAAAAAAUUUGAUUUGGCUCCUUCACACACAAACAGACUUUCCGUAUUGAAUCAAAGCGGCAGUCUGCUAAAAGCUCAGGUCCAAAUAUAAAAUAUGCUUAUUUCUAUUCAGGGACAAUCUAUGAUGAUGACCAGCAUUUAACAUUAAAUUUGAAAUCAAACUCACUUGCAGAAAAGUCAGUAUCUGUGAAAAGGGCUGGUACCUCAUUGUAUGUUCGGUGUGCCAGGGGGAAGCGUUUCUCAUAACGUUGUGGAGUUUCGGUGGUUCAGAUCCAAAUAACCUCAUAAGUACAUUUCAAAUCAUACAGGGUUUGACUGCCUACUGAUCUAAAUGACAGAAUUCUGACUAAAAGUUGGGAAAACUGCAAUCAUGUAGGAUUUAAAUUAAGAAAUGCUAUUUGCUGUAAUUUAGACACAUUGUGGGUGUAAACACAACACCGAUCUUUUUUAAAUGCAAAAGAACAGAUGACAAUCAACAUUUAGACAUUGUUAUAGCGUAAGUUAUUUUCUUGUAAGUAAUAACGGGAAAAAAAUCCUCAAAGCAUAAGCAAUAGUAUUGUUUCAGGUGUGGUCAUGCAAUAUUUUGAUACUGUUUGAGAUCUAACUGCAUUAGUCUAACCUGUACGAAAUAUACUAAUAUUUGAAGCGCAGGCAGCUACAAUUACUGAAAGAGGGAGGAGCAGUCAUAUAAAAAAUCAUCAAGGCAGAUCAAUCAUCAAUAGGGACUGUGAGACGGAACAUACAGCACUGUUUAUAAGUCUAUGAACCACACCGAAGGGGAGAACAGCAGACAAACCUGCAAAACAAAAGGCAUAUCAGUAGGAAACAGCUACAGUCAGUGGAAAAAAAUCUGGAUGGUAGGUCAUGAAAGUAAGUGACAUACAGUAGCUAUCCAUCCAACAUAAUUUGGUACAUCACAAAUGAAUGUCCAUUCCUUGGAGCAGUAAGUUCCAGAAAUGAAAUGAGAAUGUGUCAAAAAUGUUCACUCACUGUCUGACACCUGGAGCUCUAGGGCACAUAGUGUUACGAGAAAAGUCAUUGUUUACCCAUUCAGCAUCCGACUCCCCUAACAGUGAGACAAAGUAAUACGAGACAUUCUCAUAGUUUCUCCAUUCAACGUUUAUGAAUGUGCAUGAAUACUGUGCUGUCUUUAACUCACAGGGGGCAGCAACAUGUACAAUGAAGAAAAUAAGUAUUUGAACACCCUGCUAUUUUGCAAGUUCUCCCACUUAGAAGUCAUGGAGGAGUCUGAAAAUUUCAUCGUAGGUGCACGCCCACUGUGAGAGAGAUAACCGAGAGAGAGAGCGAGAGACCACCGUUUCCAAGGUUACUGUUGGUAAUACACUAAGAUGUUAUGGUUUGAAAUCUUGCAUGGCACGGAAGAUUCCACUGCUUAAACCAGCACAUGUCUAAGCCCGUCUUUAGUUUGCCUAUGAAAAUUUGGAUGAUGCAGAGUAGUCAUGGGAGCAAGUUUUGUGUUCAGAUGAGAGUAAAAUAGAACUUUUUGGUCAUAAUUCCACUAACCGUGUUUGGAGGAAGAAGAAUGAUGAGUACGACUGUACUGUAUAAAGCAGAGGAUGAAUGGUGAAAUGUAUCGUCAGAUUUUGUGCCACAACCUUCUUCCCUCAGUCAGAGACUUGAAGAUGGGUCGUGCCUGGGUCUUUCAACAUGACAAUGACCCGAAGCACACAGCCAGGAAAACCAAGGAGUGGCUCCGUAAGAUGCAUAAAAAGGUUUUAGCGGGGUCUAGCUGGUCUCCAUACCUAAACCCAAUGGAAAACCUUUGGAGAGAGCUCAAACUCUAGUUCUCAGCGACAGCCCAGAAACCUGACUGAUGGGUAGGCCAAGAUCCCUCCUGCAGUGUGUGCAAACCUGGUGAAUAACUAAAGGAAACGUUUGACCUCUAUAGUUGCAAACAAAGGCUCCUGUACCAAAUAUGAACAUUCUUUUUCUCAGGUGCCCAAAUACUUAUUUGCAGCAGUAUCACACAAAUUAAUCGUUAAAAAAAAUCAUACAUUGUGAUUUCUGGAUUUUUCUUCUUAGAUUAUCUCUCUCACAGUGGACAUGCACCUAUGAUGAAAAUUUCAGACCCCUCCAUGAUUUCUAAGUGGGAGAACUUGCAAAAUAUCAGAGUGUUCAAAUAAUUAUUUUCUUCACUGUACAAACGCAGCAUACAAGAAAUUCCACUGGCAUAUAUUAUUAUUGCUCUGUUGGAAUUACUACCGUAUCACUUAGUAAGGGACCUUCUCUGCCUAUUUUUCUCGAUCGAAAAUAUGCUGCAUCUCUUCUGGAAGGCCUCAGCGCUGCCCAGCAUGUUGCCACACAAAGUGGUACAACACUGAGGGCGCAUCUCUAAAUUCAGCCUUACCAGUAUACUGUGAAAACCCAUUAAAAACAAUCACAUAAAAAUCUGCGAUAUAGCGGGAGCACUAAUAGUGACCUUUGGAAGAUCGAAUCAAGAGCAGUGGAAAAGAGUAUCCAAUCGGUUUGCUCUGAUGUCAUCCCUAUGAUUCUCAUAUCCUCAAAUACAGAGAAAUUGCUGUGAUAUUUUGCUUAGGAUCAACACCCAAUUUCUGAGAAUGUAAGGAACUGCAAUUUCAAAGUCAUGUAUUAUAAACAAAUUUAAUGUUUGAACAGACCUUGUCUUUGUAGUUAGGAUUCCUGGAGGUACUUUUGUUUUCCCACUGUUUUGAUCUUUUACGAUUCACUGGUACUGAAGCUGCAUGACAAAUUGUAGGGCAACAACAUCUGGACAACAAAUGUAGUUUUUUGUAUUGUAUUAUUUUGGGCCGAUGACAGUAGAGUAUACUUCAGGUAAGUUCUUUCUAUUGCCCAUUCAAACACAAGUUCGAGGACUAUCCCUUUAUAAAUAAGCUUUUAAAAACACUUCUACAACAUACUAUUAUUAUGCUAAACACCCGUAUUAAAAAAAAAAAAAAAAAAAAAAGGAUCCAGUCUUAGAUAUUCUUUCUUAGUCACUCAAUCUCAAAUUAGAAACACUUAUUUCUUGUAACUGUUUUCAUUUUCUCAUAAACACAUUUGUUGCAUAUCAAUCAACCACAACAAAAUAUCUGUCUUGUUGACUGGAAAUCUUUUCGCCAGAUGGUAGUUGAUGUACACCGGCAAAGUAAUGACUAAUAGUGCUGGUGAAUAUUAGACAGCAACUGUCGUUGUAUCAGAGUACAGUGGUACCUCGACAUACGAUCGCUUCGACACACGAUCUUUUCGACAUCCGACGUAAAAUUUGACUCGCCAUUUGUUUCUACAUCCGACGACAUGCUCGAAAUACGACGACAUGACAGCACUGCAAACGAACGCACGGUGGAUUUUCUUGUGUGAGAAAUCAACACAGUUUUCAAAACAAGUUGAUACAGUUGGAGAAACAAGGAAAAAAGUGAUGCUUACCUUUGAAAUGAAGAUGCAAGUUAUAGAAAAAUAUGAGCUUGGGGUGCGCGUCCCUGAACUGGCUCAACAAUACAGCUCCACGGUCCUCUUCCGACCACCGUUCGCCACUAUUUAUAAGUUAAGGUGACAAUUAUUAUUGUGGUAACAUUGCCAAGGAAAUCGCCAGCUUCGUCACGUUUUUAUCAUUUAUUUAAGAACUUAUCCAACACAAAACGCCCAUUGUCCUAAGCAGUUGACUUGCUCUCAAGAAAACGAAAGUAUUAUCUCUACUGCACUGACCUAUCUCACUGAGACGUCAGCCCCGCGGUGCGUUCAUGGACAAUAAAAAGUGUCCGCCAUAUUAGAAUCCGAUUCGUUACAUUAUUUACAGGAAUAAUUAUUAAUUAUUCUUCUUAUUAUUAUAUUAUUCUGAAUUAUUUAUUCAUAACAUAUUUUUUUUUUUAUGUUUAAUUGCCAUUUGUAACAUUGCCAGCAGUAUUUAUUAAGAAUUUAGUGUAGGUUUUUAGGCUUUGGAACGAAUUAAUGGAAUUAUAAUGUAUUCUUAUGGGAAAAUCCUGCUCGACAUACGACCAUUUCGACUUACAAACAAGGUCCUGGAACGAAUUAAAUUCGUAUGUAGAGGUACCACUGUAAUCAUUUAAUUCAUUCAUUAAUCACUCCGUUUUCUACGGACCUGCAAAAUGUACUGAUACCCCCUACCCCCUUGGCAAACUUUUUCUUUUUUUCCCUCACAAAGCUAUAGACCCUACUCACGUGACGUCACAGCCACGCCCCCGCGCCAUGAUGUCCGCAUACUCGCCAUAGAAAUGCAUUAGCGCUUCGUAAAUUCUUCCUAUUAUUGCACGUUUUACUGCUCGUCAACAUUAAUACUCAAAAUGGUGAAGUCGUGUGUGGCGGUCGGUUGCAAAAACAGAGAAGAUAGACGGAGAGACUUGAAUUUUUACCGUAUUCCGAGAGACACGAAGAGGAGGCCGCGAUUGACUGCUGCAAUUCGACGAGACAACUGGGCUCCAAACGACUACCACAGAUUAUGUAGUAGUCAUUUUAUAUCUGGUAAGAUGCAUUUAAUAUAUAUUUAGAGGGUUUCGGGCUGACAACCACAAUUAAGAUCAUUGCUAGGCUAAUCGCCGACAACAUACACGUAUGUAUGUAGUUAGUGCGAUCGCUAAACCAUAUAAACAUUAAAAGCCCUAGCUCCAUUGACAAAUGACAUGAAAUACAUUAGACUUGACAGUGGAUGUUAGCAAGAACAAAAGAUUUUCAAUUGAAAAUUUCGUAACUCACCUUCCGAGCACAAGAUUCCUGCCGAAUUUUCGUGUACGAGGACGUGUUUCACCUAACCAGCAACGUAGCAUUUAUAAGCCUCCAAGCUCUUAAAGUUUUUCAAACUUUCGUGAGAAUAGGCUGAUUUUGUGUGGGUAUCAGAUGUCAGGCGAAGCCAGCGGGUCGAAAAACAUCGAUUUAGGCAUCAAAUACGGAUCUGGCGAAUGGAUAAACUGAAGCUUUUCCACGUAACGCCUUUUAUGCAACGGAUCCAAUGAGUUUACAGCGUCAGAUAACACCGGGGCUUCCAUGAAUUGCUCUAUAACUUGCUCGACUAAUAGAAAACAAUGAGAAUAGGUCUGAAAAAGAGGUACAAUAUGGCGGCCGGAAACAGCGACACGCCCAUUUUGUGACGUAGGUGAGUAGGGUCUAUAGUGAGCUGCAGAGGUAUUUGCACCCCUUGUGAUUUUGCAAAUUCACCCACUUGGAAAAUAGGUAGAGGUCUGAAAAUUCAAUCAUAGAUGCAUUUCCACCUAUAGAGACAUAAUCUAAAAAUAAAAUUCGGAACUCACAUUGUUUGAUUUUUUAAAAUAAUUUAUUUGUAAUUUGCUGGGGUUCAUACGUAUUUGUACCACUAAGAAUCAGCAAUAAUUAUGACACUCAAAGAGUUGUCAGUCUACCUUAAAAAAAGUCCACCUUUACCCAAUGAGUAACCACCCACCAACCACCUGUUUGAGAUCAUUAUUGUCACAUGUGCACCCCACAGUCAGUCAUAAUGCAACUGCUACCAUGGGCAAGACCAGAGAGCUUUCGAAAGACACCAGAGAAAAAAUGUUGAGCUUUACAAAGCUGAAAAAGGCUAUGGGACAAUUGGAAAGCAUCUUGGUAAGAAUAAAUCAACUGUUGCAGCAACAUAGCUGAACAUGAUUGAUAAUCUACCUAGCACUGGGGCUCCAUGUAAAAUCUAUCCUCGUGAGGCAUCACUUAUGAUAAGAAAAGUAAGGGCUCAUCCUAAAACUACACGGCAGGAGCUGGUCAAUGACCUGAAGAAUGCUGGAUGGACAAUUCUCAAAGGCUACUGACAGCAGAACACUACGGUGCAAUGGUUUAAAAUCAUGCAUUGCUCAAAAGAUUGAAGCCAGUACAUAUGAAGGCCCGUCUGUUUGCCAGGGACCAUCUCAAUGAUGCAGAGGGGUCACGGGAGAAAUUCAUUUGGUCAGAUGAGACCACAGUAGAACUUUCUGGUGCAAAAUUUACUCGUCGUGUGUGGAGGAAAAAGAAUGAUGAGUACAAUCCUGAGAACACCAUCCCCACUGUGAACUAUGGGCAUGGAAACCUCAUGCUUUGGGGCUGCUUUUCGGCAAAGGGGACAGGACAACUGUAUAAAGCAGAGGAUGAAUGAUGAAAUGUAUCGUCAGAUUUUGAGCCACAACCUCCUUACCUCAGUCAGAGACUUGAAGAUAAGUCGUGGCUGGAUCGUCUAAAAUGACAAUGAUCCGAAGCACACAGCCAAGGUGACCAAGGAGUGGCUGCGUAAAAAGCAUAUCAAAGUUCUGGAGUGGCCUAGCCAGUCUCCAGACCUCAAUCCAAUAGCAAAUCUUUGGAUGGAGCUGAAACUUUGUGUUUCUCAACAACAGCUCCGAAACCUGACAGAUCUAGAGAAGUUUUGUGUGCAGGAAUGAAUCCCUGUUUCCAUAUGUGAAAACCUGGUGAAGAACUACAAAAAGCGUCUGACCUCUGUAAUUGCAAACAAAGGUUUCUGCACUAAAUAUAACCACUGAAUUUCUCAGGGAUACAAAUAUUUCUGAACCCCUGUAAAUUACAAAUAAAUAUUGAAAAUUCAUACAAUGUGAGUUCCGGAUUGGAGUGGAAAUGCAUCUAUGAUUGAAAUUUCAGACCUCUACCUUUUUUCUAAGUGGGUGAACAAAAUCACAAGGGUUGCAAAUACUUCUGCUCCUCACUGUAUAUGAUCUCAAAUGUGACCUGAACUUUAAGUAUCUCUCAUAUUGUUCAAAUUAGAAACCAGAUUGCAAACAUUUAGCUGCAUUAAACCUAGUGAACAUUUUUAGUGUGCAAUUUUGUCUUCAACAAGCCAUUUUUCUUAUUGUUCAAAGUGACUUUUCCCUCUGAAAGCCAUACGCUCCCUCUAUUCAAGUCAGAUAAUUGAGGUAGAUGGUUGUAUAAUUCAUUGUUGCAUAUGGUGAAUAGGACCAUGAGCUCAAUGUUAAGACACUUCUACCUCUAUCACUCAGGCAUGCAACACAACUAUUUUGUGCCUGUUUGCUGUCUAUGAGGCGCUGACAUAUCCAACUCUCAGCAUUACAUCAGAAAGUUAUUGCGUUCACUGUUAUUGCAUUGCGUGUUUCAGUUCCCCAUGACUUUGCUGUAGUUGCUUCUUUAACUUAUACGGUUUUAUUUUUAUCUGUGCACAUUUUCUUUCCAAGUCACUGAAGUGUUUAUUUAUUUAUUUUAAAUAAGGUGCUAUAUGUAGUAUUCUCAAAGUGAGACAGGUGGCGUACUGUUAUAAUUGCAGUUGAUAUGUAGGUGUUGCAGUUCAUAUGAUAACUCUGAGCAGCAACUGAUAAUUUGUCUCACUUUUUCAUUAGGCAUCACAGCUAUAUUUAUGUAUUUAUCUCUUUUUAGCAGACUUGUAGCUGGAUUUACACAUACAACAUUUGAUGAUCCGCUAUAACACAUUUCAUUGUGCACGCUACCAGAAACACGAAAUAUUUUUGUUUAAUUGCAAGGUUGACAUUAAAAAAUGUAAUCUUUUUUGUUUCAUUUUUGACGUUGCUGAUUUUUUCCCCUUUUUUUAAAAGAAGUAUUUUCUCAAAGACAUGCAUACGAGUUUUAUGCUUUAUGAAGAGUGUUCGAUAUUUGUGGAUGUUGUUUUACUGUAAUGUUACUAUUCUAUUUAGUUUAAUACCUAAAUGUUAAUAUAUGAUACUUUUAAAACAUGACACUUGGAACCAACAAAUGGUAUAUAUUUAAAUAUGAUUCUUUGCAUGUACACUAACUGUGUUGGAUUAAACUAUUAAAUUUAAAUAAAAUGGGUUUAAUGCCGCAAAAUAAUUCUGAAAUAAUGUCUUUUCUCUACAUUUCUGAAGCGUACACAAAAACUAAUAUUGUUGCUUUGUACAGUUGUAAGACCAACAAUAAAAAUGCUUUAUACAAACUAGGGAUGUUCCGGUCCGAUCACAUGAUCAAAAAUCGGGCCGAUGGGGCCAUUUGUCAGAGGAUCGGAAUUGGGUGAAAAGGAUUGGGUUUUUAAUUUGAAAAAGAUAUUUGUUAUCCUGCUUCAUGUUCUUACUGCCUCUCGCUCUCCCACCUGCUGCUUUUGUUGGUCAUCAGUGCAGCUGGAGUUUGCUCGUUAAAGUUAGCGAUAAUUGAGAGGUUUGUAGCUUUAAUCUAUCAAGUGAAGGCUCUGUAGCUCUUCGAUCAAAGGUACACAUGUGUCAAUCAUCGUUGUCAGCAGUGUGAGUGAAUUUGAGUGGACUCAUAUGAAUUAUAUGAAUGUUAUGGAGAGUGAUGCAAUGAAAAAUGUGGGUGCUCCUACAUUUUGAGCUGGUGCACCUAAAGAAAAUAGUUAGGCGCACUAGUGCAACCAAUGCAAAAAGUAAUGGUGGAGCCUUAGCAGUAUAUAUCACAAUGUUUUUUUUCCCCAAUAUCAUUUAGGCCUAAUUUAUACUGUAUAUUUUUUACUUUUUAAGGGCUAAAAAGUACCAAAAUAAUCCAGAAACACAAUGUCACUGCCAAAAAAUACAAAAAUGUAUACAUUUUAUAUUCCGCAACAAUUCUGGAAAAAGCAGAAGAGGAAGUACUGUAAAAAGUACAGUACUAAAACAUGUUUGAAACUUUUGUUCAAAUAAAAAAAAAAAAAUCAUUAAAAAAAAACUUUUUUUCCGGUAUUGGAUUCUCAAAAUCAGGUGACUCUGACUAGGUGCAAAAAUAUGCAAUCGGGAUAUCCUGAAUAUAAAAUACUGUAUUCACAAAAAUAGUAAUGCUCAUACAAUGCAGUGUUUCAUUUGACACUUCCAGAGAGUUAUUGAAUGAACAAUGUUAUAAUUUUAGUUUGCAAAGCAUUUGGAUCGCUUUAUGACUCACUCAUCACCAGGGCUAAAAGAAAUUUGAUCUGUGAGAAAUUUUGAAGUGUGAUUGUUUAUGAGAAGGAAGUUAUCACAGUACUUCAAGUUCAGCUGCAUGACCAUUUACAACAUUCAGCAUGCAUCAGUACACACAGAAACUCGAUGUGGAUCACGAAAUGACAUGACACAUUCAUACAAAAAAUCCUUCCAUACAGUCAAGUGACUGAAAAUUUGAAAGACUUGUUCUUGAUAGGCAUUGAGAUCCAUUUCCGAGAAAUGAAUGUGUGGUUACUUUCACAUUUGGUUGUAUGCUGUUGUCGCUGAUGUUAUAAUUAACUGUGUUAAGGGAAAGUUAAAUUAAUGUGAAACAAGAGGAAAACAAUUUUUUUUUACCCUCACAUUUGCCAGAUCACCACCAUAUGAUUUCCAAGCAACGUUUGUGCUAAUUUCGGUCUUAAAAUACAAUUAAAUUGCAGUAUAACCCUAAAAAUAUGAGCAUUUGUUUUUUUACAAGUCUUCAAUAACACAUUUAUUUUAUGCUCUCUGCAAAGUGAGUUACUUGGGAACAAGAUGGGAGGUCAUGCUUAUACACCCACUUGAGGAUCAGACCACUUUUAACCCCUAAGGAAAUAAAUUUAAAAAAGUCCUUCAAAGAUCACGCUCAAUUUUGUCUGACACUGUCAAUGUAGUAUGAAUUUAACAAUUCAUUGCAGUAGAGGGAACAGUAACUGCACUACAUCACACUGAUAUAUUCAUUGCAGUUGCAAUUCCUUAUGUAACUAACAUUUUAGGAACAUUUCUACAAACUAUAUGCAUUAUGAAAUCAAUGCAUUUCUGAUAGUGUCAAAUAAAACGUUUCGUUAAUAUCCUAAACAGACACAUUUUCUGAAGCAUUAAAACAGAAAGAGAAAGGAAAACUGUACUACGUGAAUUUGAAAAAUUCAGACCCUUAGACCAGGGGUUCCCAACCUAUUCCACUAAGGCACACUGUGGGUGCAGGAUUUCAUUCUUACCAAACAAGAUGACAACACUUUUUCCCCAAUCUGGUGUUUUACAAGUGCAAUCAGUUGAUUGCAGUCAGGUGUGGCUUGUUUUAGCAGAAGCCUCAUUGGUUCAACUGUCUCUGCUGGAUCGGCUGGAACAAAAACCAGGACCCACAGUGUGCCUUGAGGACUGGGUUGAAAACCCCUGCCUUAGACCAUAGACUUCAAAACUCUAGGUUAUGAUGUCUAUGCUUUGACUUUGUUUAGUUAGUGACAGUACACGUUUGCAAUUGCUAUUUAGACUGACACUCUUGCUAUUGCUACAACGCUUUAUAUUUGUCCCAUCAACCGGCCCUGUCACUUUCAACGCCUAAGGAGGCAUGGAAUGCUGCAUAUCUUCCGACAGCAAAAUAUUCGCUGAAGCAUGCCUGUGUUUUGAGUUCUUUCUAAGCACAAGCCCACAACAUGUAAUCAGGUUUAAUGUCAUCCAAUAUAAAGAGCUACAGUAUAUCCAAGUUUCCAACUUAACAAAGACUGAUACUGUAAGAAAUAUUUGCAUGCAUUUUGAUUAAUACUGUUGUGAUUUAAUUGGCCCUAGUCUUCUGUUUAUACCAUUACAUAUGGGCCUGAUUUACAAAGAUCUCCAAAGAGCAAAAUAACAGAUUGCACAUGGCUGUUAUUUGUGAUCUGCUGUACCUAGAUUGCUCUCUUUUGCUUUUAAUAAUUUUUUUUGGGUGUAUGCAAUGUAUUUAUUCAGAUUUAAUAGUAUUGGAAAUAGAUCCAUUAAAGACAUAUUUUUUCCGCUGAAGCAUAAUUUAAUAAUUAAAAAAAAUAUAUAUGUAUAUAAUAUAAUGAUAUAUAUAAGCGAAAACAAUGAUUUGUACAUCUAUACAUGCCUACAUUUUUUAAUUAAGAAAUAUCCGCGAUGGACUGAGGGUGCAAAGUUUGAAACGCGAAGAAGCGAAGAAUCACUGUAGUUUUAAAAUGGUACUGUAUAUUCAAUAAUUUUACCUAACUUUUCUGUAGUUCUAAUCUGAGACUCCAAUGAACAUUUUGUUGAGGUUAUUGCUGCCAAAAACCCAGGUUUGAAAUAAUAAUUUUUACCUAUUUAUUUUCUGCACCUGUAUACAGUGGUACCACUACAUACGAUAUAUGUUCCAGGACCUGGUUUGUAAGUCGAAAUGGUCGUAUGUCGAGCGGAAUUUUCCCAUAAGAAUGCAUUAUAAUUCUAUUAAUUUGGUCCACAGCCCAAAAACCUAUGCCAAAUCCUUAAUAAAUACUGCAGGUAAAAUUACACAUAGCAAAACAAAUAAAUUAUAAAUACUAAUCAGAAUUGCAAGGGUUGGACGAAAUAAAGGAAACACCUUAAAAAAUCAUAAUAAUCUAUUUAAAUGUUGUGCAGGUUCGCCUUUAGCGCCAUUUACAGCCUCAAUUCCCCGAGGUAUCCAUUCAUACAAUUUAUGAAUUGUUUCCAAAGGAAUUUUACGCCAUUCGUCAGUAAGAAUACCUUCUAACUCUUUUAGAGACGAUGGCGGUGGAAAUCGACAUCGUAAUUGAAUCUCUAAAACUGACUAUAAAUGCUCAAUAAUGUUGGGGUCUGGGGAUUGUACCGGCCAUACGAGAUGUUUAACUUCAUUAGAAUGUUCCUCAUGCCAUUCUUUAACAAUUAUGUUCAAUGAUUAUAAUGCCAAAAUGUUAGGUGUUUUUCUAUUGUUUUGUCCAACCCCUCUAUAAUAAUAAUCAUAACGAUAAUUAUGUAACAAAUCAAGUUCUAAUGUGGUGGUUGUGUUUUGCAUGGUGCUCCUGAAGGCUCUGUCUGACUGACAAGAGAGUGAGAGAGGUGCAGAAGAGUUUUUACUUUCUCUUUUCAUGUUUUGAUGUUGUUGGCGUAGGCUACCACGGACAGUACCUGUGUUGUGUCUCGGACGUUCUGAAAUUAAUGAUUAAAAACCUGAUGAGGCUGGCGACUUCCUUGCCAAUGUUACAAUACUGAUAAUAUUAAUGACAGUUGUCUUCCGCACACCACUCUUAUAUUUUUCUAUCAUUUCCUUCUUAAUUUCAAUGGUAAGUGUCACUUUUUUUUUUUUUCCACCACCUGCACCAACCUUCUUAGGACCCGUCACCCAUGUUGAUUUCUCUUCCAAGAAAAUCCGCUGUGCGCCAGUCUUACAGGACAACAAUGAAAUUGCGAUGCUGUCAUAAAUUGUCGUAUUUCGAGGAUGUCGUCAUUUGUCGAGACAAACGACAAGUCAAAUUUUACAUCGGAUGUCGAAAGGACCUUAUGUUGAUGCGAUCGAAUGUCAAGGUACCACUGUAUUUGAAACUAUACACUGCUGUAAUGUGCAGUAAUUUUGUGUUCCUUGCUCAAGUAUAUAACUAUUGGGAGUCGAGAACAGACUAUGACUGUAAAAAUUGCUGUCCUACACCACCGCAAACUGCAACCAAAAUGAUAAACAUAUUCAAUUGAUUAUUUUCUUGCACUGCCAACAAACUAAGUCUUACAAGAAUGUCUAGUUUCUAGUUUUAAAAAAAAUCACACUUAAAAUAAUAUACAAUCCCUUUAAAAUCUAAUUUCAGUAAGAUAAAAAGGCUUAUUUUGAGACAAUUGGCAGAUUUAAAAAAAUAAAUAAAUAAAUCCUGCACUGCCAGACGUGUCCCCCUGCUGAAGAAAGUACACGUCCAGGCCUGUCUGCGGUUCGCUAGAGAGCAUUUGGAUGAUCCAGAAGAAGACUGGGAGAUUGUGUUAUGGUCAGAUGAAACCAAAAUAGAACUUUUUGGUAGAAACACAGGUUCUCGUGUUUGGAGGAAAAAUAAUACUGAAUUGCACCAUACCCACUGUGAAGCAUGGGGGUGGAAACAUCAUGCUUUGGGGCUGAUUUUCUGCAAAGGGACCUGGACGACUGAUCUUUGUAAAGGAAAAAAUGAAUGGGGCCAUGUAUCGAGAGAUUUUGAGUGAAAAUCUCCUUCCAUCAGCAAGGGCAUUGAAGAUGAGACGUGACUGGGUCUUUCAGCAUGACAAUGGAGCUAAACACGCAGCCAGGGCAACAAAGGAGUGGCUUCGUAAGAAGCAUUUCAAGGUCCUGGAGUGGCUUAGCCAGUCUCCAGGUCUCAACCCUAUAUAAAAUCUGUGGAGGGAGUUGAAAGUCCGUGUUGCCCAACGACAGCCCCAAAAACAUCACUGCUCUAGAGGAGAUCUGCAUGGAGGAAUGGGCCAAAAUACCAGCAACAGUGUGUGAAAAGCUUGUGAAGAGUUACAGAAAAUGUUUGGCCUCCGUUAUUGCCAACAAAGGGUACAUAACAAAGUAUUGAGAUGAACUUUUGGUAUUGACCAGAUACUUAUUUUCCACCAUGAUUUGCAAAUAAAUUCUUUAAAAAUCAAACAAUAUGAUUUUCUGUUGUUUUUUUUUUUCCACAUUCUGUCUCUCAUGGUUGAGGUUUACCCAUGUCGACAAUUACAGGCCUCUCUAAUAUUUUCAAGUGGGAGAACUUGCACAAUUAGUGGUUAACUAAAUACUUAUUUACUCCACUGUAUAUUCUGUGCAUGUUUUUUUUUUUUUUUUAACUUUCAAAGGGGCAUUUUUUUCCAGUGCGACUACGUAAAUUGCCCUGAUUGCGGUUAAUAAUUUAAUCCAACCAACAUAAUGUUGCCAGUGAUUUCAUACGGUUCAACUGCAUUUUCCAAAUCGACAAUUCAGCAACUUCCUACAUUGCUGGCUACAUUGAAGAACUUCCAUUGCGUGCCUGCUGCUUUCAUGUUGUAAGAGGACACAUGGGAUGUCCUUGCUCUCGAGAGACCAUCUGAAUGUGUUAGCCAAGCAGAUGGAUUACCUUGUCAAUGUGACCCAUUCACAGGUGGGAAUUAAGAGCUGCCCAUUGACAGGAAGAUGAGAUCCACCUCCACAGUUAAAAGCUAACACGAUUCCACCACACUCCCCAUCUGUAUGCUAAUAAGACUUUGAAUUGGGGAAAAUGUGCUUGUCAUCCUUUUAUUCAUCACUGGUCCAUAUGGGUGUAUUUUAAUGACAUUGGGUCUACAUUGCUAAAGUGAUAUUUAUCGGUACUCAGCAUGUAUAACAACAACCGACAGCUAUUACUCGUGGUUAGCGUGUAAUUAUGUUAUGUGGGAGUAAAUUAGCAGGUUUACAAUUCCAAUAAUGACCUUACCCAAGCUUAUUGCAGAGACCACUAGAAUGAAAAGCUGAACAUAUUAAUAGUUAAGUAUGCUUUGCUUAAUGGUUCACUAUGAAUGCUGAUUUACCAAUCUUCACUAACCUUUUUGUACUGAUAGGAGAAGGAGAAGUUUUUCUUGACUUGUUUCUUUUUCUUACAGCAGUAGAAGAGCAUUAUUUCAAUAUUUUAAAUUUUAUCUCUCCAUGCAUUUUCAAAAUCACAAUCGCCUGUUCUGGGCUGUGGAAAACUGGCGUCCACCCCAGCUGACUUUGAAUGAAAGGCAGCCUACACCCUGGCGUGGGAACUGAAGCCACGCUCCCUUCACGGAAGUCAGGCCAAUGAACCGUUACACUAUCAGUGACUUAGCUUCAUUGUCUUAAAAUGACAAAAUAGUAGUAAUUAACAUGAAUUCUUUUCCUUGUACUGUUUUUUUUGUUUGUUUUGUUUUUUGUUUUUUUACAUUUCACUGGCACAAUGGGACAGUGGUUUGCAUGCUUGCCUCGCUGUUGAGAGGUUGUACGAGCAAAUCUUGGCUCUGGCUUUUCUGUGUUGAGUUUUAUAUUUUCCAUGUGCUUGCGUACUGCAGCUUCAUCGCAUUCCAAAAACAUGCGCGUUAUGUUAAUUAUAGACUGUAUGAAUGGUUGUUUGUUUAUAUGUGGUCUGCCAAUUCUGGCGACCAGUCCAGGGUGCUGCCUUUCGCCCAAAGUCACCAAGGAUAAGCUCUAGGUCACCUGCCACCCUAAUGAGACAAGCGCUGUAGUUUGGCCAAAAGUGAAGCGUAUCAUAAUUACAACAGAAUUCGAUAGUACUUUAAGGACACUAGCAAAAAUUUAGUCUGUCUUAAGAUAUUUCAGAAUGUCAGAGAAAGUGCUGGCAUGAUACAAAGAAGAGAGUAACAUUUUAGAUGCUUUUUACACAGUUGGUCUAAAACAGCAGUGGUCAAAAUACAGGGUGGGUCACAUUAAUCUGUCCCACGUAGCAUUAAUAUUAUCAAGAACCCUGGAUUAUUAGUUGCAUUAAUUUGACUGCCCCCCCAACAAUCAUUUCUUUUGUGUGUGUGUUUUUUUGGGCUGCAACGAUUAAUCGAUUAAUUCGAGUAAUUUGUUAACAAAAAAGCUUAGAAUCAAAUUUUUCUGCUUCGAGGAUUCGUUGGAUUAGUUACAUUGAAAUGGUUUGUUUUGAAAGUGUUGCAUUUAGUUUUAUUGAUUCCGGUGGAUUCACUGCCCUCUAGUGGCAAUAGGGAAUAUGUCAUAACUUGUUGAAUCUGGAUGCUCCCUGCAAAGAGCAACGUUAGGUAUGUUUCUGUUUGAGAUUUUAUGUUUGUUUAUGCAGUUGUUGUUUAGUUUAGAAGUAUAUUUAGCAGUUUUUAUGUGUGAAUAUGUGUAUGAACGAUUUGUUAAGAGCUUUGUAAAAAAAAAACAAAUGUAAGUAUUUUAUAGCAUUUAAGCUAGCGGACUUUUGGUAUUUGCAAGGUAGCCACCUAUAUUUUUAGGAUCAAUCGCAAUAUUUAACAUAUAAGUUGUUGCCCGAAAUAGCGACCGAGUUUUUUUUUUUACUUCAGUACAGGUUUUCAACAGCGAAUAAAUCACUCAGUUUUCACACCAGAAGCUUAAUACUUGAGGAAAGCAUGCAGAAUCAUCUUAAUUUUACUCAACAAAAGCAAAAUUUCAUUUUUCUAUAUACAAUCACAACUUAGGUUUAAUUCUGAUGUUACUUUUGCCUUAGCACGUCUUGCCGGCUAUCUGGCCCUCGUCGUUUUUAGAUUGAAAUGUUCCAUAAAAUAUAACAUAUAAAAUGAGAUUUUUUUGGAUGAUGCAGAAAUGUCUAAAUUACUAAUUUUUU